AUGAGUGAGUACGACACGGAUUGUUCAGACAAUACCACAAAGACUAACAUAUCAGGUCUCUCCUUCGAGACGGCCGAUACAGUUCCAUGCAAGAAGUUUGAUACAGCCUUCUUCAACAACAGCAAGUUACAUGGAUACAUGUUCUAUGAACCCUUCCACAAGCAACGCCUAAUCACAGUUUUGAAGGACUAUGACCAAUAUGAGCACCUUCUUAUUCACAGCAAGAAGAUGGAUUUUCAUGAGGAGUUUGACAUCAAGCAGAUGAUACAGUUGUGUUUGAAGAAUGCGGGACAGAAGGAUUAUCUGACUGUGACUUACUCAAAAUCAAGGAAUUCCCCAAAGCACGAUGGUAAGUUCAUCGGACGCUGGUUUGCCAACAAAUGGGUUGGCCUUCAAUACAUGCCAAGGUGCUUAAGGCAUGCACUGUGUGGGAGUGCUGGUUCAGAUUCACACAAGGACUUAUGGAUGGACCUUGAUAUGGUCAAUGCACAUCCCACAUUGGCCUUACAUCUAUUCAAGCUGUACAACCUGAACACGAAGUAUCUAGAGGAGUACAUAAAUGACCGCGAGAGAAUCUUGAGAGAGAUAAUUGAGAAGACAGAUUGCACCAGAGAUGAGGCAAAGACAUUGCUGUUGAAGAUAUUGAAUGGAGGGGCUGACAAGACAUUUAUUCCAUGGAGAAAGGAGUUCUUUCGAGAGGUCCAGCACAAUCUAGAGACAGUGAGCAUUCUUCCUGAAUUCGCCUUCAUCAGAAGGAAGAUAACCCAACGUUCCGAUGGAAAAUAUAACAUACCAGCCAAGACAGUGAAUCAGAUAAUAUGUGCAAUGGAGAACUAUAUCCUGGAGCUAUUUACCUUAAAGCUGAUAGAGGAUGGGGUGAUUCCAGCCUUCAAGAAUGGGUACAAGUGUGUAUUGAUUCACGAUGGGCUUCAAGUGCCAUGGACAGAGGAGAAUGAGGAGAGGAUGAGAGACCUGACGAAGUAUGAGGAGUUCAUAAAGCAGAAGACGGGGAUAGAGAUAAAGUUGAAGGUGAAACCCUUUGACGAGUAUAUGACGAUUAGGGAGGAGGUAGAGAACAAGUUAGACCAUCUAAAUCUAAAAACACUUGCUGAACUAUCUGAAUAUGAUUAUGAGGACGUAAAGACAGUGUUUGAACGUGAAUGCGCAAAGAUAAUGGACCCAAUAAUGUAUAUUCAAAACUCGAACAACAAUAUCGUCAUGAGGAACAAAGAGAAGUUGAAAGACGCAUUCGCGAAUAUAAAAUACAAGGGAUUCAAUGAGAGGAAGGGUACACAUGAAGAGAUGCCAUUCAUCAAUGAAUGGCUAACGGAUACGAGAAUGAGAACCUAUGAGAGGUUGGAUUUCAUCCCAGCACAGACACCAGCUAAUGUGUAUAACAUAUGGACAGGUUUUGAUGUGCCACUUGAGACACCAUUGCCUGAUGACUUUAACAUAGAGGACAAUGAUUACAUAAGAAGGUACUUAAAGCACAUAGAUAUGGUGGUUGGUUCAGAUGAGAUCUCAACUUACAUAAAAUGUUGGAUUGCUCAUAAGUUACAAAAGCCAGGCGUAAAGACAUGUGUAUGCUUGCUGUUUUAUUCCAUCGAAGAGGGAACCGGUGAUAAGUACAGCAUUGAGCUUGAAGAGAAUACAGGAAUCUACUAUGUGUUGUAA